AUGUUAGGUGACGCGAUGCUGCGCAGCUUCCCUCAGGCCCGUCCGCUCCUCAGGAGGAUGGGGUUCGACAAGAGGGAUGCCUACUUCUUUAAGCAGAUUGGCAAGGGCAUGCUCUGCACCUACGCGCUUUUCGGCGCAGCAUGGCUCUGGAAUGAGACGUCGCCGCUUGGUUGGUGGACGCUCAAGCCACUCCCCAAGGAAGAAAAAGAAAUGGCACAUCUUUAUGAGCGCAGGGAGUUUCCCUACCCUGGUGAUGAAGAGGCAGUUGAGGAGUUCAUAAAAAGUGAGGGUGCUCUAGGUACCACGAUCGGGCCCAAAGGUUUUGCGGAUACAAAUGUGGACUCUGAUAAAAUGCAGAAGCAACUACAGUCGAAAAAGUUUGACCAGGAGGCACAAAACCUCUGGUUCCGAAUGAGGAAUGAGGUUGCACAUGAACUACAAGAGAAGGGAUUUGGUGUUGAAUGA